AUGCAGGUGUUGUGCCUCUCUGGGCAGGGUCCACCUGCGGCGGAGGUUUGUGGUAGUAUCGAGGGCUGGGAGCAUCUGAUGGAGUUGUUCACCAAAAAGGGUUGCAAAGAUGCGGAUGGCAGGAAGCAGUGGCGCAGGACAACUUGCAUGAAUGGCGACCCGAAGGGACUGGAUUCGUACAAAUGGGGCACCUUGGUUGUGAAUGAUCAAUUGAUCGAAGCUUUCAGCACAGAGGAGUGGAGGACAGAGAGUGAGCAUUCGAGUGACGAGGAGUAG